GCAACCACUGACGUCAUCAAACCUCGACCAUGAGUGGUUCAGCACAUGCGCACCGACAAUGGUUGGAGCUCAAAUGGAGAGAGCGCGUGUCGCCUUCUUCUGCUCGUGCACUGUGCUGCUGCUGCUCGCGCCUGCGACGGGUAAGCCUCUCGGGCCUGACUUACCUCUUCAAGUCUUUGUAGCUGUUGGUGAAGAUGGCGUCCUCCCGUGUCGUUCAAACAUCCUUGUCAACCCCUCACGUGUCACGUUGGAGUGGUCACGUGUGGAUGGUCCGUCCACACGAACGCUUUAUGUUCUCCGCGAUGGACACGAGCUGGAAAGAGAGAAGUCAGCGGAGUACAUUGGGAGGACGACGACAACGGGCGACGGCUCUCUGAAGCUGCAAAGAGUCAGUCGACAGGACAGCGACAUCUACAGGUGCAAGGUUUUCAGCAAAUCAUCAGGAGAAGAUGAAGUGUUUGUGUCUCUAGUUGUUGUUGUAUUGUCUGACGUCAACAUCACUGUCCAGUGGACUUCAUCCAAUCAGCUGUUGGUUCAGUGCGAGUCCAGAGGCUGGAGCCCGGAGCCACAGAUUGAUCUGUUAAACACUGCGAGGGACGUCCUCCCUACUCAGAAAGAGGGACCAUCACUGGGACCAGACCAACUCUACUCCUGUGGCGCACACCUGGACGUGGUGGCAGCCAAUGUGAGUGGAACAGUGAUCUGUCGAGUGCAUAUCCCCGGAAGCAGCCUAGGGCAGGAGCAAUCGAUUUCUGUCCCUCAUCACUUUCAUCACAUUUCAGAGAAGUCCCAUAAAUAUUGGAUCGCAAUGUUAGUCCUGAUCCCUAUCAUCAUCAUCUUUCUCUGGCUGCUCCAUCACCGUGAUGUUUUCACACACAACAUCAACAAUUUGAAGAGUUGGUGGUUGUUCACUGGUGGUGUUGACCGAUACAAAGCUCACGGAGACAUCCUCAAGAUGAAAACUACUGGAGCUUCGUCUCUCACAGUGAAUGAGAAUCGUGAAAACCUCAUCGUCAACGAUAAACUGCUGACUGGUGAAGAUGCGUCCAAUGAGCUGGCGAGGAGAGACCAUAUGGAGAUGAUGAAGUACCAAGAGGACAUCAUCAGCGUGGCAGAGUCACAUAAAGUCCACCCAGCCCUGAUCGCCGCCAUCAUCUCCAGACAGUCUCAGGCGGGAACCAUACUGGAUCCGAGCGGCUUCGGAAAGUACGACCCUAACUGCUUCGGCCUCAUGCAGAUCAAUAAGUUUUACCAUGAAUUGAAGGGUAGCUCACACAGCAGGGAGCAUUUGAACCAAGGAGUCAUCUUACUCUUCAAGCUCAUAGAGGCCGUGGGCAGGGUGAAGACCAGCUGGACCAAAGAACAGCAGCUGAAAGGAGCAUUGGCUUGUUACAUCUCAGGUGAGGACAAAGUGCUCCCUCUGACUGAUUCUGAGGAAGUGGACAGUGUGACGCCACACAAGGACUUCGCCAGUGACGUGCUCGCCAGAGCAAAAUGGUUCGCCAGUAACGGCUUCGGAAAGUCUUAAGAUAUGUAUUGCACAAAAAGUUUGUGGUUUUCAUUCUGCAUUCACACCAAACACAAAGCAAAUUUCCCUGUUACUCGCACGAGUUUGGCUGCAGGACCAUACAGCAUGUGUUUGCUCUUGCAAGCAAAACCGAGUGAACACAACCAUUGAAAAUUCACCCGUUCUCUGGAGAAGUGGAGAGGACUACUGGCUAAAUGAACUACUGUUGCUGCAUUGUACCUGUUGUGGAAACGCAGGAGAAGCCAGGGCUAUCGUGUGUGGGUCCUCAAAAAUUUGCUCAGUGUUUGGUGUGAUUUCACCAUAAAUCAAAGUGACAUAUUUCUUUAGUUUGUCCCUGAAUCACACUGAACUUUAACUGAAAUCACAUGAAAGUCAGGGCUUGUUAUUUAAACGAUCGGCACCACAGAGGACGUAACGCGAUGAAGUCGACUGACAGAAAAUUAAGUCCAAGUGCUGAAAUGUGUGCAAACUGUUACAGUGACGCAGUGUUAUAACUUAUGUAUCAAGUGUUAUAGUUUUUAUGAACCUUUGGAGGUAUCUCCAUUGUGUUUUAUACAUUAUUAUAUUGUUUAUUCAAUUUUAUUUGUGUAUUUUUGUCUUAUUGUGACCUUGUGUUUAGUUAUAGAAAAAUGAGUUAAUUCAAGUUGCUGAAAUGUUGAGAUGAUGACUGAAUGUUUUCAUAACCACCUCAACCAGCGUCCUUCAGUAAUGUGUCAUAUCUGUUAUUAUUCUGUGUCCUGAACACUAGCUCCAAAGUUUUUAUCGUUUUCUUUACACCUUUUGCUUAAAGUGAUUUAUUCACCGUAUAUUUAUUCAUUUAAAUUGAACACGACCUUGUUUCCGAUCUAAAUGUGGUUGUCUUGCCUGCUUGUCAAAAAGUGCUGUUGAAAUUAUCAUUACAACUAUUCGCUCCUUUAAAGAAUGUUGUUGACGUCAUUGGGUUCUAUGGAUGAAAUUGAACUGUAAUUGAAAAACUUUCAUCAACAAAAUCAAAAAUCUGCGUUGGCCGGGAAUCGAACCCGGGUCAACUGCUUGGAAGGCAGCUAUGCUAACCACUAUACCACCAACGCGAUGAUGCUAGGUGCAAUGACGAUCAAACUAACAAAGUGACGUGUCUUAUUACUUAAAGAUAAUUUAUAUCGUUGGAUUUGUUUGCUAAUUUAGCUGUAAAGCUAAUAUGUGGUAUCGACACGCUAAGGCAGAGGAAGUCAGCCUCUCAUUGGACGGCUGAGGUAAGGUUAGCUACUCUGAGCUGAACUAUCGAGCUGGAGAAGUUCAUGUAGCUGCUCCAUUAGCCGCUCAGCUAACAGUGUUGUUAGCAUCACACGUAAGCAUCACACGCUAGCAUCACGCUAGCAGGCACUGCGGGCCACGCCGUUAGCUUCAGCCGCACAUGUAUGAAAGCUGAUGUCUGACACAGCGACGUCCAGGUGACGUGUCACCGGAGCCGAUGGGCGGACAAUACUGACGCCGCCUGUCCCGCGUCGCGGCGGCUCCGGUUUUAAGGCCCGGAGGAGCGAGAAACGAUGGGGAGAUUAAAACCCUGCAGUGACUCAAAGAGGUUCCGUUUUAAACACGACAUAGAGAACCGCUGUCAUGUGGUCAUUAUGGUACAUCCCACUGCUGUCCACUAGAGGGCGACAUUUAACCAUCGUAGUAAAAAGUGAA